AUGGGGCCCCUGGGCAAUAGGGGAUCAUGGGGCCCCUGUGUCCUUGCCCAAACUCAAAAAAGCCUAUGAAAAAGGUACCAGGGGCAUCUCAUGGGGCCCCCUACUGACCCCGGGCCCUCGGGCAGUGCCUGAGUUUCCAAAUGGUCAGUCCGCCCCUGUUAAAGUGCAUAGAGUAAGGAAACCCCUACCAGGGGCGGACUGACAACUCAUGGGGCCCCCAGGUAAUAGGGGAUCAUGGGGCCCCUGUGUCCUUGCCCAAACUCAAAAAGCCUAUGAAAAAAGGUACCAGGGGCAUCUCAUGGGGGCCCCUACUGACCACGGGCCCUCGGGCAGUGCCCGAGUUUCCAAAUGGUCAGUCCGCCCCUGUUCCAGACACUUGCGUGCUUCAGUAUACCAACAACCUGACAACCUUCCUCAUAAA